CGUCACACGUUGAGUGGCGGCGCAGGAGUCUGACCGACGCCGCCUCUGUUGGACCUGACGGAUCUUUCGAGCUGUUGGUCUGUUCCGUUUGUGGGUCCAAAUCCAGACCCUGAGUCUAGGCCCGUUGACCGAUUUUCGGUUACCGAAUACUGAAUACUGAUCUAGUUCACUUAUAAGCGAAUACCGGAAAUCGUUCAGUAAAGCGAAAGUAUAGAGUCGAGAUGAGUGUGGAGGCGUACGGGCCGAGCUCCCAGACUCUCACCUUCUUGGACACCGAGGAAGCGGACUUGCUCGGAGCAGAUACCCAGGGCUCCGAGUACGAUUUCACUGAUUUCACCCUGCCAAGUCAAACGCAAACUCAAGGCCAUACCCAAAGUCAGGUGGACAGCCAGGUAAACGGUCCUGAUGAUGGACUCCUCAACGGUGGAAUAGACGACUCUGUUGCUAAAGCCAGCCAGCUGUUGGCCGAGCUUAACUUUGAGGAGGAUGAAGAAGACACAUACUACACCAAAGACCUGCCUGUGCACGCAUGCAGCUACUGUGGUAUCCACGAUCCAGCAUGUGUGGUGUACUGCAAUACCAGCAAGAAGUGGUUCUGUAAUGGACGUGGCAAUACAUCCGGCAGCCACAUUGUGAACCACUUGGUGAGAGCCAAAUGCAAAGAGGUGACACUGCAUAAAGACGGCCCGCUGGGCGAGACUGUGCUUGAGUGUUACAACUGUGGCUGUCGAAAUGUCUUCCUGCUUGGCUUCAUCCCGGCCAAGGCUGAUUCUGUGGUGGUGUUACUCUGCAGGCAGCCAUGUGCCAGCCAGAGUAGCUUAAAAGACAUUAACUGGGACAGCUCUCAGUGGCAACCACUGAUCCAAGAUCGCUGCUUUUUGUCCUGGCUGGUUAAGAUCCCGUCAGAGCAAGAGCAGCUACGAGCCCGUCAGAUCACCGCUCAACAGAUCAACAAGCUGGAGGAGCUCUGGAAGGACAAUCCCACUGCCACCUUGGAAGACCUGGAGAAACCGGGCGUCGAUGAAGAACCUCAGCAUGUGUUGCUGCGCUACGAGGAUGCCUACCAGUACCAAAAUAUCUUUGGCCCUUUGGUCAAACUGGAGGCCGACUACGACAAGAAGCUUAAGGAAUCCCAGACCCAAGACAAUAUAACAGUCAGGUGGGACCUUGGGUUGAAUAAAAAGCGGAUUGCCUAUUUCACACUGCCCAAGACGGAUUCAGGUGAUAUGCGGCUGAUGCAGGGUGAUGAAAUCUGCCUCCGGUACAAGGGAGAUCUGGCUCCACUGUGGAAAGGCAUUGGCCAUGUCAUCAAAGUCCCUGACAACUAUGGGGAUGAAAUUGCAAUUGAGCUGCGAAGCAGUGUCGGAGCACCUGUAGAAAUCCCGCAUAACUUCCAGGUGGACUUUGUGUGGAAGUCCACUUCCUUUGACAGGAUGCAAAGUGCCCUGAAGACAUUUGCAGUGGAUGAGACCUCUGUGUCUGGCUACAUUUACCACAAACUGCUGGGCCACGAGGUGGAGGAUGUCACCAUCAAGUGCCAGCUGCCUAAGCGAUUCACUGCCCCGGGCCUGCCCGACCUCAAUCACUCACAGGUGUAUGCUGUGAAGACGGUGCUGCAGAGGCCUCUCAGUCUGAUUCAGGGUCCUCCCGGCACUGGGAAGACUGUCACGUCUGCCACCAUUGUUUACCACCUGUCCCGACAGGGAAAUGGCCCUGUUCUGGUGUGUGCUCCCAGUAACAUUGCUGUGGAUCAGUUGACUGAGAAGAUCGACAAGACUGGGCUGAAGGUUGUCAGGCUGUGUGCCAAGAGCAGGGAGGCCAUCGAGUCACCAGUGUCAUUUUUGGCACUGCACAACCAGAUCAGCAACAUGGACAGUAUGCCAGAGCUUCAGAAACUGCAGCAGCUGAAGGAUGAGACUGGUGAGCUGUCAUCUGCUGAUGAGAAACGCUACAGGGCUUUGAAACGCACUGCUGAGAGGGAGCUGCUCAUGAAUGCUGAUGUGAUCUGCUGCACCUGUGUCGGGGCUGGAGACCCCCGUCUUGCCAAGAUGCAGUUCCGCUCUAUCCUGAUCGAUGAGAGCACCCAGGCCACCGAGCCAGAGUGUAUGGUGCCUGUGGUGUUGGGAGCCAAGCAGCUAAUUUUGGUGGGUGACCACUGCCAGCUGGGUCCUGUGGUGAUGUGUAAGAAGGCAGCCAAGGCAGGUCUGUCCCAGUCCCUUUUUGAACGCCUGGUUGUUCUGGGGAUCCGGCCAAUUCGCCUCCAGGUCCAGUACCGUAUGCACCCAGCUCUCAGUGCCUUCCCCUCCAACAUCUUCUAUGAGGGCUCCCUGCAGAAUGGUGUCACCGCAGCUGACCGCAUUAAAAAAGGCUUUGACUUCCAGUGGCCACAGCCGGACAAGCCCAUGUUCUUCUACGUGACUCAGGGCCAGGAGGAAAUUGCCAGCUCUGGAACCUCCUACCUCAACAGGACUGAGGCUGCAAACGUAGAGAAGAUCACCACCAGGCUGUUGAAGGCCGGAGCCAAACCCGACCAAAUCGGCAUCAUCACCCCUUAUGAGGGUCAGCGCUCUUACCUGGUCCAGUACAUGCAGUUCAGUGGCUCCCUGCACACCAAACUGUAUCAGCAAGUGGAAAUUGCCAGUGUGGAUGCCUUCCAGGGAAGAGAGAAGGACUUCAUCAUCCUCUCUUGUGUUCGUGCCAAUGAGCAUCAGGGCAUCGGCUUCCUGAACGACCCUCGCCGUCUCAACGUGGCGCUGACCAGAGCCAAGUAUGGUGUGAUCAUCGUGGGGAACCCCAAGGCCCUCUCUAAGCAACCGCUGUGGAACAACCUGCUGAACAACUACAAGGAGCAGAAGGUCCUGGUGGAGGGGCCCCUCAACAACCUGAGGGAGAGUCUAAUGCAGUUCAGUAAACCCCGCAAGCUGGUCAACACCAUCAACCCUGGAGGACGCUUCAUGAGCACUGCAAUGUAUGAUGCCCGCGAGGCCCUCAUCCCUGGCUCUGCUUAUGACCGCAGCAACACUGCUGGACGUCCAUCCAACAUGUACUUUCAAACUCAUGACCAGAUCGGGAUGAUUGGGGCAGGCCCCGGUCACAUGGCUGCGAUGAAUAUCCCCAUACCCUUCAACCUGGUGAUGCCACCAAUGCCUCCACCCAGCUACCUGGGUCAGACCAACGGCCCCGCUGCAGGUCGAGGCGCUAUGAAGGGUAAACCUGGACGUGGCGGACGGCAGAAGAUGCGUGGAAACCACGGUGCUGGUCAGGGAAAUGGACCCAACAGCCAGGCCAGCCAGGAUGGGGCCUCGCAGUCCUUCUCCCAGGGACCAUUGACACAAGGAUACAUCUCCAUGAGCCAGCCCUCUCAGAUGAGCCAGCCUGGCCUCUCACAGCCAGAGCUCUCUCAGGACAGCUACCUUGGCGAUGAGUUCAAGUCUCAAAUUGACGUGGCUUUGUCCCAGGACUCGACUUACCAGGGUGAACGUGCAUACCAGCAUGGUGGCGUGACGGGACUGUCACAGUAUUAAUGUGAUGCUUAAAGACGGGAGCUAGGCUUGAGCUGAGCUUAGUUCAUCAGCUUUUUAAUCUGGGAAAUAAUAAAAACAUAAAAUGGAUACCUGUUUUCCUCUGCUACAACCGAAGCACCACCGAGUGAACGCGACGGGAUAGCGAAACCAAACCAAUGACCAGUGAGAGAAAUAGGAGGAUAGAAGAAAAGGAGGACACCAACAGAUGGGCAGGGAGAGAGAUGGCAAGAGAGGCCGAGUGAACAAGCGAGAGGCGGGGACCGGUGCCCGCACAAAGUGAAGGAGGGUAGUCGUAAAGACGGCGGCGUGUCGUCAAGCUGCAGAGGGAAACAGGAGAGACCUAAGCGGUCUCUCAUGGGAAUCCAAAUGAGGCUCAACUCCUAACAAAAUAAUCCACCCAACCCCCUUUACCUCACAGCCUCCAGGAAAGACAGGAGAGCUCCUGAAGUUCUUACACUCGUCUUAAAGGGGGACCCAAGCCUUUCAACUGAAUGUGAGAAACUAGUUCUUCAAACCUGGAUUGACAUGGUUAAAGAAGGCCUUUAAACGGGCAACGCUAAAUCCCCAUGCUCAAAGUCGGUUGGUUGCUCAACCUGUAUGAUGUCCCAGGCUUUUUUAAAAUUAGGUUUGUCACGGGAGGAGAGCGGUACAAACGUUCAUUUUCAGGGCCCAAAAACCUCACGGCAGCCUCUGGAAGAAGCACCGGUCCACAACCUCUUGGAGAGGAAAUAUAAACAUGGUUUCUGUGCUUGAGUCUUGACAUUGAAGGGCCUUGAAUUGAGAUAACUAUUCAUUUGCCUUGAGAACCACUGGCUCAUUCACAAGGUCUUCAAUGAGGUGGUUUCAGCCACGCGUCAGUGGUGCAGUGGCACAAGGAAUUUCUGACUGUUUUUUCAAGGCAUGAGGUGCGAGUCCCACCGAUAUCACAAUCACCACGGGACGGUUUUUUCUUCUCUGAAGUACCUUUCUUAUCACAGAGCACAAAAUUGCAAAAAAAAAAAAAGGUAAUUGAAACUAUCAAAUGUGACCAGCAUUGAUUAUUCAGCUCAGUGUCAUUUGAUAUUUCACCUAAGGCUUUUUUUUCUCUUAUUUUAACUUUUCAAAAAGAAGCCGUGUUUGAUGUCCAGCUGUGCGUCAUGACCUGAUGUCUUCUUUUUUUUUUUUUGUCUGUCCGUGCUUCGAUUCGGCAAGAGAAUGCUUUGCAUUGAGUGAUUCCUCAGGGGGAUUGUGGGCUGUCCACACCUGUUAAACACAUCCCUGCAUGAGGUAAAGGAAAACUAAACAAAGAGGGAGGGGAGUGAGGAAGGUGGAUGAAGCAAUCAAUCCACCACAGGUAGUGAAUAGAAAAGGAAGGUGGCUGAGGAAGAGAGGGCGUGAGAGUCAGAGGGAUGUGUUGUUGCCAGGCGUUGGUUGACUUUGGCAUCUUGAGUUUGUGAAUGUAGCUAUAUAGCCAGCUAUAUAGCAUUGCUGAUGGCUGUCCAUUUUUUUUCACUGAACACUGCUCAUCUGACCAGUGACCAAAAUCUUAUAGACGAUGGAUUGAAAGCUUCAGAUUAUAUUAAGAAAAUUAGUUAAAUAUACCUUGUAAAAUGGGAAAAAAAAAUCUGGAUUCAGAUGGAUUUUUUAUUAAUUUAAUCCUAGUGACACAGUUGAAUUGCCAUCAGCAUUAAUGGAAACAUUGAUGAUGGUGACCGUGAGAUAAAUGAGGUGAAUGGAAAAACCCUGAGUCAGUGCCUAUAACCACCUUCACCUUCAGACAAACGGCUGCAGCACAAGCAUGAAUGUAGUUCUGUGGAGGCAGCGUUUGCACCUCUUCAUACACAGCCCUGCCUGAACUUAUUGGAAGAAGUAACUGAAUGUAGUUAAAAGUUAAACUACCAGCAUAAAAAAAGACAAAAACCCUCCAGACACCAGAGGGCUUAAGAAAAGCCACAGAAGAUGACGCGUUUAAUUUUAUUUUUCUAAUAAAAUCAGGCAAGGUUCUGAGGUCAGUGAGUUCUGCAGCUGGGUUGCUUUAAAGAUGGACUGGUGUGGAAAAAGCCACCUUCCUUCUCUGUGGAGUAAAACAAAUGGCGGCUGCUUGAGUUUCUUGUGUGGACUUUUGUUUUUUUUGCAAAGCUGUUUUACCCUCAUUAUAUAUUCCUUGUAGAGCUCCUAUGUGGAUCCUAAACCUUCCCCUUAGAGAACUAUGAACCAGAACCCUUCAAACUUUGCUUUUGUCUCUUUUUGUUUUUUGAUUUGCAGCUUUGUGUAUCCUGUUAUCCACUUCAGUUUUUGGGGUAUUUAGCUAUUCUGUGUACUUUUACUAAAAAAAUCAAAAAAAAAAUCAAUUGUUUUGUAGCGACUUGCAGACGACGGGAAUGAGUCUACAGCUGUUUCCUUUCAUUAGUUUUGUAUCUCCUCCUUGCAAAUGUCCAAGGAUGUGUAGUUUUGUAACUGCUCCUGGAACGAUGCUUUCUGAACACAGUAAGAAUGUACUCCAUUGUUUCUCACCUGCUUCUCAUUUCAGACACGUGUGACAAUCAUGUUGUGAGUAGACACCGCUGUGUUUAAUGGACGUAGAAGUAGCUCUGUUUUGCGUUGACAUUGUGCAAUGAAUUCUUUUCACACAUCAGCCUGUUCCAUAAACUCCUCGUAACAUGGUAUAGCUUUAAAAAAAAAAAACCUGCUACCAUUAUUUUAUUGCUUUGUUCUUUUUUCCACCUGAGCCACGAUUAAUUGCAACAUGUGUCGUAAUCAUCGAAGAAGAAGCAUUUCAGUUGUAAUUAGUUUGAAAACAUUUGCAUCCAAACCAUUGAAUCUCUGAACACGGCAGAGAUAUCACUGAUGGACGAGAGAUGUAAAUAUCGAUCUUAUUUGCAGUGACGUUUCAUCACAAUAUGGUGAUUUCCUUGUUGAACUUAAUAAAGGCUGUCAAGUUAAGCAAUCA